GCUGGUUCAAGUCGCAGUAUCGUUGUGUCUGCACAGAAACCUCUGGAGCUCAAGGAGGGUCCGUAAUUUUAUGCAGAUUUAAACGCGUGCCCCGGGCUAAUAGCGCUUUACCUAGUCUGACACUUUUCUUUGGUGUCUCACGCCAAAAAAUAAUGUUCCGGCGCUGAACAUGGGAGGUAGUGGCUCCAAAUCCAAAGGCUUUUGGCCUUUUUCCGGCUCCGGUACCGGCACUGAUCCAGCAAAUGAGGGAAACGAGCAGGCGCUGGCGAGGCUCCGAGGCGCCAGAAAUGCUACGCCGUUCGUGUUUACAAGAAGGAGCUCUCUGUACUACGACGAAGAUGGUGAUCUGGCCCAUGAGUUCUACGAGGAAACCGUUGUGACAAAGAAUGGCCGCAAGAGGGCGAAGCUGAAGAGAAUUCAAAAGAAUCUAAUACCUCAGGGAAUCGUGAAGCUGGACCACCCUCGGAUCCAUGUGGAUUUCCCCGUUGUUCUGUGCGAAGUGUGAGGCUGCCCAGGACGUUCUGGGAGACUAGGCUAAGGCCAGCGUUUGACAAAACUCCGCCCCUCCCCCUGAAUCCUCCCAUUGAGCCCUUGUCAUCCUGAACUUCAUUCUCACCGUGGUGUUCCUCAGAGAGGGCUUGCAGCACCCCCGUGUGGGCAGAGGGGUUCACUGUGAGCUGAAUGGCUGCUGUCUUCGCCUAGCUUGUGGAAACCGUACAGCAUAGUCAACGAAAUGGGGCUGGUGUGGAUAUUUUCCAGCUUGAUGGCUGAAAAUGACUUUGGGAGGAAAAGAAGAGGAAAAGACAAUGAACAAUAAAUAAUCAGUCCAGCUUUCCCACCUUGUCUGAAACAUACAGCACAGGUCAUUGUGUAAGGUUGCUCUUAUAGGAAACUGUCUUCUGUGUUUCAACCAAGUGCAGUCCAGCCUCCCUAGAAUAUAAUGAAUCCUACAGUGUGUAUCUUUUAAUUAGGCCUUUGGUGUGAAUGGUCAGUGGUACUGUUGUGUGAUGCCAAGGAUAAAUAAAUUAGUUGGAAUUCGGGAAAGGAGGGACUUGCGUGUGUAACUUACCAGACUAGUAGGCUUUGUGUGUUUGAAGUUGUUAUGGUAGUUUUCAACAGCUAGAAGUUUAGCUGAAUGAUGCCAGUGUGAAGCUAGGUUGACUGUGGUGCAAAGGUGCCAGUUUUUGGCUGUGUCUGGAGGAGGCUGCUCCAGAAACUGUGGUGUCCCCCACUCAUGCACCCCUAAAUUGAGUGAGUGAGUGGCUCUAGCAGCAUUGACCUUUUACUGCAAGUCCAGCAGCCACAACCGGUAGUUUUUGUAUAACAUGUUGGGUUUUUGUGAGUUUGUGUGUGGCUUUUCAAGGACAAGGCUUACCUGAUUCAGGGCUUUGUAAAGGGGUUUGUAUUCCAGGGAGGAAAUCUGACGCAUGGUUUUCUUAGCGUCCACUAAAGACCCGCUGCUGCGUGUUUUAAAAAAAAAAAAAAA